GCAACAAUUCGUGAUGUGCAGAACACAUCCGUCAUUGGUGUGAUUGACUUGCCUUGGAUAUCUUCUGCCUUGGGCAAAUCAAUCCGGCUUACGGUGCAUCCUGAAUUGAUGGUUUGGAUUCGGGAGUCUGGGCAUGCAGAAAUGCGAGAAGAUACCAUCUUCGGUGACCGUUCUGCUCCCAUUGGGGUCCACUUCUACCUAAGCUGGCUUCGACAUGAAGACGGGAGGAAAUAUGGGCACUUUGAUAUCUUGAUGCCUUCCAUGUCAAAGAAGGAGGAGUCAAUGAUGCUACUGCCAGAUGCGGCUUGGCAAAGCUGA